AUGUGUUGCUUAUUUUUGAACUAUGCAGAUACCCUGGUACGCCAGGCAGCAAUGGUUGUCAAGUGUAUGCUGCUGAUGUACUACAAGAACAGUAGGGGCAGGAACUAUCGUAAGCAGAUUACAGGUUAUGUGGACAGUGGAUCACUAAAUGUUGGUCCCAGUAGAUCAUGGAAGUCCAUGGAAAUGGAAAUAGAGUCCUCACUAGAGAAGCUGCUCGAUAUUAAUGAUUCCAUGAGCCGAUGUGCUGCAACAGCAUCUGCCACAAGUUCUAUUAAUCAAAAACUUGCAAGGCAUAGGGACAUACUUCAUGAAUAUACACAGGAGUUUAGACGAACAAAAGGAAACUUGAACUCCAUGAGAGAGCAUGCCGAACUUCUUAACUCUGUUAGAGAUGCUAUCAGUGAGUCCAAGGCAUCUGGAAGUAUGUCGCCUAGAAUGCAGUUAUUGAGAGAAAGAGCUUCAGUCCACGGGAGCACAAGUCAUAUUGAUGAAGUGAUAAGUCAGGCUCAAGCUACAAGAUCAGUCCUAGGAGCACAAAGGGCUUUGUUCGGCGAUGUUCAGGGAAAAGUCAAGCAUCUGGGCGAAAAAUUUCCUAUUAUUCGAGGCCUCCUUGGAGCGAUAAGAAGAAAGCGUUCGAGGGACACACUCAUCCUCUCUGCAGUCAUAGCAGCCUGCACAUUGUUCCUCAUCAUUUAUUGGCUCUCAAAAUAGUCCAUUUUGAUCCUCAAACUGAAAAACUGCUCAUGAGUUUUUUUUUUUUUUUU